AUGACAUGUCCUGAAACCCAUCACUUCACAAUUUUGAAAGCGUUUGAGUGUAUGCUUUCUCAGGCUGGCACAACGGCCACUUAUGAAGGUCGCUGGGGAAGAGGAACAGCACAGUACAGCUCCCAGAAGUUGGUGGAAGAAAGGUCCUUGAGGCAUCCUCUGAGGAGGCUGGAGAUUUCUCCUGACAGCAGCCCAGAGAGGGCUCACUACACGCACAGCGAUUACCAGUACAGCCAGAGAAGCCAGGCUGGGCAUACCCUGCGCCACCAAGAAAGCAGGCGGGCCGCCCUCCUAGUGCCACCGAGAUAUGCUCGUUCCGAGAUUGUGGGGGUCAGCCGUGCUGGCACCACAAGCAGGCAGCGCCACUUUGACACGUACCACAGACAGUACCAGCAUGGUUCUGUUAGCGACACCGUUUUUGACAGCAUCCCUGCCAACCCGGCCCUGCUCACGUACCCCAGGCCAGGGACCAGCCGCAGCAUGGGCAACCUCUUGGAGAAAGAGAACUACCUGACGGCAGGGCUCACCGUUGGGCAGGUCAGGCCGCUGGUGCCCCUGCAGCCCCUCACUCAGAACAGGGCUUCCAGGUCCUCCUGGCACCAGAGCUCCUUCCACAGCACCCGCACGCUGAGGGAAGCUGGGCCCAGUGUCGCCGUGGAUUCCAGCGGGAGGAGAGCGCACUUGACCGUUGGCCAGGUGGCGGCAGGGGGAGGUGGGAAUCUGCUCACUGAGAGAAGCACUUUCGCUGACUCCCAGCUGGGGAAUGCAGACAUGGAGAUGACUCUGGAGCGAGCAGUGAGUAUGCUCGAUGCAGACCACAUACCGCUGUCCAGGAUUUCUGCUGCAGCCACUUUCAUACAGCAUGAGUGCUUCCAGAAAUCUGAAGCUCGGAAGAGGGUUAACCAGCUUCGUGGCAUCCCCAAGCUUCUGCAGCUCCUAAAAGUUCAGAAUGAAGACGUUCAGCGAGCUGUGUGUGGGGCCUUGAGAAACUUAGUAUUUGAAGACAAUGACAACAAAUUGGAGGUGGCUGAACUAAAUGGGAUACCUCGGCUGCUCCAGGUGCUGAAGCAAACCAGAGACUUGGAGACCAAAAAACAAAUAACAGGUUUGCUGUGGAAUUUGUCAUCUAAUGACAAACUCAAGAAUCUCAUGAUAACAGAAGCAUUGCUUACGCUGACCGAGAAUAUCAUCAUCCCCUUUUCUGGGUGGCCUGAAGGAGACUACCCAAAAGCAAAUGGUUUGCUCGAUUUUGACAUAUUCUACAACGUCACUGGAUGCCUAAGAAACAUGAGUUCUGCUGGCCCUGAUGGGAGAAAAGCAAUGAGAAGAUGUGACGGACUCAUUGACUCACUGGUCCAUUAUGUCAGAGGAACCAUUGCAGAUUACCAGCCAGAUGACAAGGCCACAGAGAAUUGUGUAUGCAUUCUUCAUAACCUCUCCUACCAGCUGGAGGCAGAGCUCCCAGAGAAAUAUUCCCAGAAUAUCUAUAUUCAAAACCGGAAUAUCCAGACUGACAACAACAAAAGUAUUGGGUGUUUUGGCAGUCGAAGCAGGAAAGUAAAAGAGCAAUACCAGGACAUGCCGAUGCCAGAGGAAAAGAGCAACCCCAAGGGUGUGGAGUGGCUGUGGCAUUCCAUCGUGAUAAGGAUGUAUCUGUCACUGAUCGCCAAGAGUGUCCGCAACUACACACAGGAAGCAUCCUUAGGAGCUCUCCAGAACCUCACUGCCGGAAGUGGACCAAUGCCGACGUCAGUGGCUCAGGCAGUUGUCCAGAAGGAAAAUGGCCUUCAGCACACCCGAAAGAUGCUGCAUGUCGGUGACCUAAGUGUGAAAAAGACAGCCAUCUCGCUGCUAAGAAAUCUGUCCCGGAAUCUUUCUCUGCAGAAUGAAAUUGCCAAAGAAACUCUCCCCGAUUUGGUUUCCAUCAUUCCUGACACAGUCCCAAGUACUGACCUUCUCAUUGAAACUACAGCUUCUGCCUGUUACACAUUGAACAACAUAAUCCAAAACAGUUACCAGAAUGCACGGGACCUUCUAAACACCGGGGGCAUCCAGAAAAUUAUGACCAUCAGUGCAGGCGAUGCGUAAGUCCUUCA